AUGAUAACAAUAUGCUGUGCGAAUUUUGCGUACGGGCCUACUAGUUUUUUAUUAUUUCUCAAAGGAGAAGACAUUAUCGGUGGAGAGUUUUCAGAGCCUUAUGUACGCCUUAGCCUUGAACCGCCAGUUGACUCUAGAGUGAGACAAACUGGAGCUCAGUCGAGAUCAACCCCUAUCUUUGAUCAUCAUUUCAAAUUUCCAGUUUCUCAUGAUGAACUGCAAGAACACUCACUAGUCCUUCAAGUUUUUGACUAUGACAGAUAUUCACGAAAUGAUAUUAUUGGAGAGUUGAGAAUAGAUUUGGCAGAAAUCGAGUUGACCUCAAAUGUUGAAAUAUGGGGUGAUAUUUCAAAAACUAAAAAGCCUCGAGAAGAGCUCCAGGAAAUUUUGGUCUCAUUGAGUUACCUUCCUUCCGCCGAGCGCCUGACUGUAGUGCUUUUGAAGGCAAGAAACCUUUUCCUGCCAGAAACCAGAGAUUCCAUUGAUCCAUUUGUAAAAGUUUACUUACUUGCUGGAGGAAAGAGAAUUAAGAAAAAGAAAACCGCAUGCAGGAAAGCAAGUUCUAAUCCUGUUUGGAAUGAAGCUAUAACUUUUAACAUAAGUUCUGCCAACCUUAACUGCUCUGCUGUCGAGGUCUGUGUUCUGGAUCAAGGAUCAGAUCUUAUCGGAGGGCCUUCUUUGAUUGGUUCUGUGGUCAUUGGUAGCACUGAAGGAGGAGCUGCAAGCUCACAUUGGUCUGAAAUGAUUUCAAGUCCCAGGAAGGCAGUAGCGAUGUGGCACACUCUGCGAUAACUCUGAAGUAUUGAAGCCUCCCUCUCUCCAUGAAAUUCUGAAUCCAAGGAUAUCCCAUUCAUGUCAUUUGAGCAU